CAAUCAUAAACCCUACGAUACAAGCAAUAAAUUAAGCAUCGAUCACUCGAAAUAGAAAGAUUGUCUCUCUCUCUCUCUCUCUCUCCACAGAAAAACAACAAGACUUGCAAAAUUUAACCAUGGCUGGAGUGACAUCAGCGUCAACCUCUGCACCGACGACGACGAGCGUGCACGUGACCGCCCUGGACGGCAUCGUCAACGCGAACUCGCUCUUCUCCAUCGCUGUCUUCGUGGGGCUCUCCCUCACCACCCCUAACCAGCAAAGCCUGGGGAACAACACGGCCUGCAACGCCGGUGUCGACAUGGUGAGGAAGCUGGUAGUCUUCGAGGUCGUCUCCUUCAGCUUCUUCCUCUUCUCCUCCCUUGUUGCCCAGGGCCUGAAGCUGGCAAUCAACCUGCUCAACAGCAAGGACGUCGACGAGGCCUUCCGCUCCCACAUCAACCUCAAAGUCCUCAGGCUCGGCAUGCUGGGCUCCGCCACCGGCUCCGUCAUGGGCUGCUUGUUCCUCAUGCUGUCCAUGGUCAACGUCAUCCAGAUCCGGUUGGGGUUGUUGUCGUGCGGUAGUAAAUCCGCUAUCCAUGCGGUGGCGGCGUUGAUUAUCUUGGUUUCCUCCGCUCUUGUAGUUUAUAUUUCUACUGCCUAUUAUGCUUUUUUGCACUGAUUUUGAAAUCUCUCUC